AUGGCCGCUCAAUCGACGCUCCAGCAUCGGGAGGAUCCUCUCGUGGUAUUGUACCACUACUAUGUCAACCUCACUCGUGCCCGGAUAAAGCGCUCUUCGAAAGCGGCCAAAACCGUCGCCACUAUCGCUUUAAUCCUCUCGAUCUUGGGAACUGGAUACGGAGGCUAUAAAUGGUUUCGCGAGAGGUCGCAGGAGCAUGCACAGGGCAGGCGGUUACUACGCCGGAACUCUGGGAUCAGAGGGAAGGAUGGAACCCGGACCAUAUACGUACCCUACAAGGGAUCCAUGACCUCGAAGGUCAAGAUCUACCCAACCAAACCCACGACGUUUGAUGCGCACCGGCGACUGUUUCUAAACCCUCCUGCUGCCGCCCGCGUCGGGGACGGCGCGUCCAGUAACCAGACCCCACCGCCGAUGACGAAGCCAGGCCUGAACCUCGCUUUCCUGCAUCAGUUCCUCAGCCUGGGGAGCAUCAUGGUGCCCCGAUGGAGCAGUAAGGAGACGGGUCUUCUGAUGGGUCAUGGCGUUUUCCUGCUCCUACGGACGUAUCUCUCUCUCUUGAUUGCACGCCUUGAUGGCGAGAUCGUGCGAGACCUGGUCGCCGGUAAGGGCCGGGCCUUUGCCUGGGGCAUCGUGAAGUGGUGUGGCAUUGGAACACUUGCAUCAUACACCAACGCCAUGAUCAAGUUCCUCCAGUCAAAAGUGUCUAUCGCGUUCCGGACCCGCUUGACGCGGUACAUCCAUGAUCUCUACCUUACCAACGACAAUAACUACUACAAACUGAUGAACCUGGACGGCAGCAUCGGCCAAGGGGCGGACCAGUUCAUCACGCAAGACCUCACCCAGUUCUGCACUGCAGCGGCAUCGCUUUAUUCCUCGAUGGGCAAGCCGUUGGUAGACUUGUUCGUCUUCAAUUACCAGCUGUAUCGCUCCUUAGGACCGUUGGCUCUGACUGGAAUCCUCACUGGGUAUUUCAGUACGGCGGCAGUCCUUCGGAGACUCUCGCCUCCUUUCGGCAAAUUGAAAGCGGUCGAAGGGAAGAAAGAGGGUGACUUCCGUAGCUUGCAUUCCCGACUCCUCGCGAACGCGGAGGAGAUCUCGUUCUAUGGGGGCGCAGACAUCGAACGCGUGUUUCUGGCAAGAAGCUUCAAAGACCUCCAGCGGUGGAUGGAGGGGAUUUACAGUCUGAAGAUCCGGUACAACAUGCUCGAAGAUGUUAUCCUGAAGUAUGCUUGGUCUGCAUUCGGUUAUCUCGUUACGUCCCUGCCGAUCUUCCUACCUGCGUGGGGCGGAUCGGGCGGCGCCCUGGAGUUGCUCGAUUUACCGGAAGGCACCGGUCGUGAGCGCGACCGCAUGAGAGAGUUCAUCACGAACAAACGCUUGAUGCUGUCAUUAGCGGACGCGGGCGGCCGUAUGAUGUAUAGCAUCAAGGACAUUUCGGAACUGGCCGGGUACACAUCCAGAGUCUACAGCCUCAUCUCCACCCUCCACAGGGUUCACGCAAAUGCAUACUACCCUCCGCGGGACUCUGGUGCGGAACUAUACUCCUUGGCCGACGUUCAGGGAACCGUCCACAAUGGUUUCGAUGGCGUGCGCCUCGAGCAGGUUCCUAUCGUUGCCCCAUCCCUCUAUCCCCGCGGCGGUGACGAGCUUCUGGAGUCGCUGUCGUUUGUCGUGCACUCUGGAGACCAUCUCCUGAUCUCUGGACCCAAUGGCGCCGGCAAGUCCGCCAUUGCGCGGGUUGCUGCCGGGGUGUGGCCGGUGUAUCGUGGCUUGGUCAGUCGGCCACGGGGUUUCGGGCUCGAUGGCAUCAUGUUCCUGCCUCAGCGGCCGUAUCUUAGCGUUGGAACCCUGCGGGAUCAAGUCAUCUACCCCCACUCGGAGAUCGACAUGCGCGAGGCGGGAGUAUCGGACGCUAUGCUGCAAAAGGUUCUGGAUGAUGCCCACUUGGGCUACCUUCCCUCGCGGGAGGGCGGCUGGGACUCGCGGAAAGAGUGGAAGGAUGUAUUGAGCGGUGGAGAGAAACAGCGCAUGGCCAUGGCUCGCAUCUACUACCACGAGCCGCGGUACGCGUUCCUUGACGAGGGGACCUCUGCGGUCUCGUCCGACGUGGAGGGUCUGCUGUAUGAUCGAGCAAAAGAGCGGGGGAUCACGGUCAUUACGAUCUCCACGCGCGCGUCGUUGAAGAAGUACCACACCUAUAGCUUGAACAUCAGCAUUGGCGCGGAGGGAGGACAGUGGGAGCUGGAGAGGAUUGGCACCGCCAAGGAGAAGCUGGGAGUCGAGAAGGAGAUCCAGGAGAUCCGCAAGCGAUUGGACAAGGUAGAGGAGUGGAAACGGCGGCGUGAGGAGAUUGAGGAGGAGUUGCGCAAAGUCUGGGUGGAAGAGGGGGAACUUGCUCCUCCACCUUAUGAGGCCGGCUCUGAAGCUAUAGAAGCUCAGGUAGACCUGCCUACCAAAAUGGUUGACAUCAAAAUGGAAGGCGAAGAUCCCGGGGCGAUUGUCAUCCCGAUUGACUCGACAUACAGCGAUGGGGAUCGCGCUGGCUGGCCGACGGGGGACCGAUUCGACAUGCCCGACGACAGCUACUAUCGGCGCAAGAUUGCGAAGCUGUGGGCGCAGAAGGCGGGCUUUUAUGAACCUGGAAAGGAAUACAUCCUGGAUACUUUACCAGACGGAUAUGCGAUCUUUGACAGACCGCGCGGAACAGAUCCUGAUAUCGUGAGUUGCACGACCGAGGAGUUGGCCGGCCUCGUGGACGACCUCCAGGCUCGGGCACGCGCACGUCGUCCGGCACCAGCACCCCGAUCAAGCCGCGAGGGCACCCCGGACGUGUUCAAAGCCGCGGUCAUCAAACUCCGCGCGAAGGGCCAGCUCGACGAAAAGAUUACGGAGCCUGUCAGCAUGGACUGGCGCGCCGAGCGCACGCCGCUCCGCGAAUACCUGGAGAAGCUCAACAUGCUCCCGUCGUUUGUGCCGCGCACGGGCGAGCUGGUGCUGUGGACGACGGAGUACGAGGGGAAGCUCGCGUGGAACCCGGAGGCGGGGCAGGUCCAGAUCUACCGACACAAGGAAUGGCACGGGGCUCCCGAAUGGCGCGCGGGCGUCUGCAUCCGGCCGUUCGGCGCGUACGAGCAUUUCCUGCAGGGGGUGCCACGGGAGGAAAUGCAUCCGUCCAUCGAGAAUGCCCUGACCGUCAUGGCUUCGUUCAGCGUGUUGGAGAAAUACCGCUUUCGGGGCACGUGGCCUGAUGCCGCGAUCUACUGUCGUGGGAUCUUUCUGGGGGCGGAAUUCCUGGCGGUCGGCGACGCGGUGCGGCUCAAACCGUCGGGGUGCGAUGCAGAUACAGUCGGUCCUGCGACAGCACUCACUCCCAACGUGAUGGUCAUCCACGAGAUCCGCCUCGAGCUGAAGAAGUGUGACGCCGACCCGCGAUCCAGACAACUGGCUGAGACGUACCAGGUGCGCAUCCAGGGCAAAGUGUACACGAACGACCGCGAGCGCGCCGCAGCACUCCUACAACGGAGCUCAAACUCCCCGCAACCCCCACCAAAGCCCCUCACCUCGGACGAGAUCGCGAGCACCUUCCACUACGUCGGCAUGAGCGGCUACGGCGAGUGGUACCCGCUCCACUCCGGCGCCCUAGUCAAUGUCUCCCAAGACAUGAUCCUGGGCCGCUGCUACGAGCCCGACGCGAUGCAGCUGCUAUUCCGCUCGCCGGCGCUCCACUACGAUCUGCACGGGGUGCUGCGCGGCCGGGCGUACUCGCGGGCGACCGACGAGCGCAUCCGCCCCGGCAAGCGGUGGUUCUGGGGCGAUUUCCGCACGCAGACGCUGGCACUCGACACGCUCAACGGCGAGGACGUGGGCCACUACAGCGACGUGCGCGACGUCAAGAUGUGGCGGGCCAAUUUAAGGGUGAUCGACGGCACGGCCAGGGCGGCGGACUUCCGCGACGCGAAGAUCCCCGGCGACGUCGGGCGGCCGUCGACCAAGACGGCGUCGAACUUCGCGAAGGUCGGCAAGCUCAGUAAGCUGGUGAGCACGGGGUUGGGGGCGGUGGACGGCAGUGCGCCGGCGAGUUCGGCAGAGGAUGGCGAUGGCGAUGGCGAUAGCGAUGGUGCUGUCUCUGGCGGGGAGAGUGAGUCCGAGGAGGAAGAGUAUACGCUACGGAUCGAUCAGUUGCGGGGUGGGACUGAGGAGACUGAAGGAGGGGACUACGUUCCAGGACCGGGCACCACCGAGCAGGAACCGCAGAACAAACGAGCGCGCAUGAUGGAAAUGAUGUAG